AGGAUCUAUAGACAACUAGAAACACCGCGGUGUUUGAUACAGAAAAAUAAAUAAAUAAGUAAAAUGAACAUACCUAUUGUAGUCUAUCGACAAGCAUUCUCGUGAACAUUCAUAAACGUUAGAGGUUAGAGGAGGUUAGAGGUUAAUGAUAGCAACGUUGCCUUUUGCGCUGAACUGUGGUUAUAUUUUUUGAUCUAAAAGUUAAAACUGCUUUAUUAUCAUUCUAAUUAUUUACUGCUUCUUGUGUUUAUAGAUAUUUACAAAGUUUCAUAAUCGUUUUGCACAGAAGUGAUAAAGAGAUAUACGAGAUGCAAAACUGGAGCAAGUGCAAUUCGACAUCAAAUUAGCAAAUUUUGUGUGUUUGAUUUUCUUUUUAUCAUUUUCUUAGUGUAAUAGUCCGAUUUUGUCUUUAUAAUUAACUUAAAAUAAUUGUGAAAAAUGGCCGAUGAAAAAUCUACGGUGCAAGAAUUCAAGUUGGAUCCGGACUGUGAACUGAGAUUCGAAGUAGAGAGCAAGAAUGAAAAAGUCACAUUGGAGUUAAAGAAUGGUCUGGCGGAAGUUUUUGGUACAGAAUUAGUGAAAGGAAAGAAAUACGAGUUUACCGCUGGUGCGAAAGUCGCAGUUUAUACUUGGCAAGGUUGUACUGUCGAAUUAAUUGGGAAAACAGACGUCAGCUAUGUGGCAAAGGAGACGCCUAUGGGUUUGUAUUUGAAUUGUCAUGCGGCGAUGGAACGGAUGAGAGAAACAGCGGAGAAGGAUGACACCAGAGGUCCAAUAACGAUGGUUGUUGGUCCUUGCGACGUGGGAAAAUCUACACUUUGUAGAAUACUAUUGAAUUACGCCGUUAGGAUGGGGAGAAGACCGAUCUUCGUCGAUCUUGACGUCGGUCAGGGACACAUAGCGAUACCUGGCACUGUAGGUGCUUUAUUGGUAGAACGACCGUCCAACAUAGUGGAAGGUUUCAGCCAGCAAGCUCCACUAGUGUUCCAUUAUGGACAUAAAUCGCCACAGACCAAUGUAGCGUUGUACAACCUACUUGUAACGCGUUUGGCAGAAGUCUGCUCUGACAGAUUACAAGCCAACAAGAAGGCCAAAGCAUCAGGGAUCGUUAUAAAUACGUGUGGCUGGGUCAAAGGAGACGGGUAUAAGUUACUUACGCAUGCCGCACAGGCGUUCGAGGUGGAUGCGAUUCUGGUACUAGAUCAGGAGAGACUCUACAACGAAUUGGUGAGAGACAUGCCGGACUUCGUUAAGGUGGUCUUUUUGCCGAAGAGUGGCGGAGUCGUCGAGAGAAGCGCGGCGCAAAGAACCGAAGCGAGAGAUCAGGGUGUUAGGGAAUAUUUCUAUGGUUCUCGGACUCCGUUGUAUCCACAUAGCUUUGAGGUGAAGUGGAGUGAAGCGAGAUUAUAUAAAAUCGGUGCACCGGUUCUACCGGCAUCCUGUAUGCCAUUAGGCAUGAAAGCGGAGGACAAUCUUACGAAAUUGGUGGCCGUUACAUUGGGACCCAGUUUGCUCCAUCACUUGCUGUCCGUUUCCUUCGCCGAUUCUCCCGAGGAUGAUGUCGUACAAACUAACGUAGCUGGAUUCGUCUGUGUGACUAACGUGGAUGUCGAAAGGCAGACAUUUACAGUACUUAGCCCACAACCUAGGCCACUACCAAACACGGUGCUAUUACUGUCGGAUAUACAAUUUAUGGAUAGUCAUUAGUCAUAUAAAUGAUUUUCUAAAUACUAGAUACUAUAAAUGUGAUAAAGGUAAACAGCAAAAUAAAAUUUUUUUAAAUAAAAUUAUAAAUUUAUGACAUUAACAUGUCGCAAAUUUACAGUGCAAAAAUAAAUCAUGUAACUUUCUAUAAAUAAAUUUGUAAGCAUUUGUAUUAUUUAAGUAUUUAUAUUUGUGUUAAUAUUUGUAUAAUUAAAAAAUAAAACCAGAAAA